GAUGCUCCGGGAAAGACUUACAGAAGGCGAUUUGCAUCUGAGAUCCCAUUUCUUUUAAAUUUUGGCUUUACCUGGCAAGCCUAGAGAAAAAGAUUGUUGGUACGAGCUCUCCAAGGAGAAACCCGUGUGGGAGCAGGGCAUGAGGAGUGGUGAGGGGGCUCUAAUUUAGAUGGCAGCCCUUGCAGAGGCGGGAGAACUAUUGAGCACCUGUCGGGGAGGAGUUGACUCAUGUGGGAAGAAGGUCACUUACGCAGCCUCGCUCUGUUGAUAAUGCUUGUAAGCCAGAGGUGAAAGUGGCUCAGCAGAGCAACACUGGGAAGUCUGGCAGACUGGAUGAGAACAGCUGCCCCCCAGGGCAGCUGCCACGUGUGAAGCAUGGAGGAGAGUAAAAACGAGAAGGUGAACCAGGCUCAUGUUCUCUUCGACAGAUUUGUCCAGGCUUCCACCUGCAAGGGGACUCUCAAGGCUUUCCAAGAGCUCUGUGACUACUUAGAACUAAAGCCGAAGGACUAUCGUUCCUUCUAUCACAAACUCAAAUCCAAGCUCAAUUACUGGAAAGCCAAAGCCUUGUGGGCCAAAUUGGAUAAAAGAGGCAGCCAUAAGGACUAUAAGAAAGGGAAAGCGUGCGCCAACACGAAGUGUCUGAUAAUUGGGGCUGGACCCUGUGGCCUUCGUACAGCCAUCGACCUGUCAUUUCUGGGAGCCAAGGUGGUGGUCAUAGAAAAGAGGGAUGCCUUUUCCCGCAAUAACGUGCUGCACUUGUGGCCAUUCACCAUUCACGACCUGAGGGGUCUCGGCGCCAAAAAGUUCUACGGCAAAUUCUGUGCGGGAUCCAUAGACCACAUCAGUAUCCGUCAGCUCCAGCUUAUCCUUUUGAAGGUUGCCUUGAUCUUGGGAAUAGAGAUCCAUGUCAAUGUGGAAUUUCGGGGGCUUGUUUACCCUCCAGAGGAUCAGGAGAAUGAAAGAAUAGGUUGGCGUGCAUUGGUCCACCCCAAAACCCAUCCCGUGUCUGAGUAUGAGUUUGAAGUAAUCAUUGGAGGGGAUGGCAGGAGGAACACCUUAGAAGGGUUUCGCCGAAAAGAAUUCCGCGGUAAACUCGCGAUUGCUAUCACAGCAAACUUCAUCAAUCGCAACACCACAGCUGAAGCCAAAGUAGAAGAGAUCAGCGGUGUGGCCUUCAUAUUCAACCAGAAGUUCUUCCAAGAUCUACGAGAAGCCACAGGCAUUGACUUGGAGAACAUUGUCUACUACAAAGAUGAUACACACUACUUUGUCAUGACUGCCAAAAAACAGAGCUUGCUGGAAAAAGGGGUGAUACGGCAUGAUCACGCUGACACAGAGGUACUGCUCUCACGGGAAAACGUGGACCAGGAGGCUCUGCUGAACUACGCCAGGGAGGCAGCUGACUUCUCCACUAAUCAGCAGCUGCCAUCGCUGGACUUCGCCAUCAAUCACUACGGGCAGCCAGACGUGGCCAUGUUUGACUUCACGUGCAUGUACGCGUCCGAGAACGCCGCCCUGGUGCGCGAGCAGAACGGCCACCAGCUGCUCGUGGCGCUGGUGGGGGACAGUCUCUUGGAGCCAUUUUGGCCAAUGGGAACUGGAAUAGCCAGGGGGUUUUUGGCUGCAAUGGACUCUGCUUGGAUGGUACGAAGUUGGUCGCUCGGAGCGAGUCCUUUGGAAGUUCUCGCGGAGAGGGAAAGCAUUUAUAGGCUGCUGCCUCAGACCACCCCUGAGAACGUGAGUAAAAACUUCAGCCAUUACAGCAUCGAUCCUGCCACCCGGUAUCCCAACAUCAACGUCAACUUCCUGCGGCCACAGCAGGUACGGCACUUGUAUAAUACAGGAGACUUGAAAGACAUUCACCUGGAAAUAGAGAACUUUGUGAACUCCAGGACACCAAAGCUGACUCGAAAUGAGUCUGUAGCUCGCUCCAGUAAAUUGCUCAGUUGGUGCCAGAGGCAGACCGAUGGAUAUGCUGGUGUUAAUGUGACAGAUCUCACAAUGUCAUGGAAAAGUGGCUUAGCUUUGUGUGCCAUUAUCCACAGAUACCGUCCAGACUUAAUAGACUUUGAUUCUUUGGAUGAGCAUGAUGUGGAGAAGAAUAACCAACUGGCCUUCGACAUCGCUGAAAAAGAGUUUGGAAUAUCUCCCAUUAUGACUGGAAAGGAAAUGGCAUCUGUUGGAGAGCCAGAUAAGCUGUCCAUGGUGAUGUACCUCACACAGUUCUAUGAGAUGUUCAAAGACACCAUCCCCUCUAGUGAUAGUCUGGACCUGAAUGCAGAAGAAAAAGCUGCCCUAAUUGCCAGUACCAAGUCACCCAUCUCCUUCCUCAGCAAACUGGGACAGAGCAUCUCUCGGAAACGCACUCCCAAGGACAAGAAAGAAAAAGAACUGGAUGGUGCAGGAAAGAGGAGAAAAACCAGCCAAUCUGAGGAUGAGGACCUCCCACGGAGCUACAGAGAAGAAAGGCCCACACUGGUGAGCGCCCUGACAGAGAGGAGGAUUGAUGCUGCCAUUGGGAAUCAGAACAAAGUCAAGUCUAUGGCAACCCAACUACUGGCCAAGUUCGAAGAGAAUGCGCCAGUGCCGUCCUCAAGCUUACGGAGACAGCAACCUGUCCUGCCUUAUCAAGAACGUGUUCACAACCAGCCAUCCAGCAGACGAGAGCAAGGCCGUCUUGCUCCCAUACCCCAGUGGAAACAGAUGAGGCAUAAGGAACGUUCUCGGACCUGCCCCAAAAAAGUGAUCAUGCUCUCUUCCACUCCAUCUUCCUCUCCACCGUAUCCCAGACAGCAGAGAUUCAGGGAACCUGGUGCCGGCUAUCCUGGGGAGCAGAGUCCCAGACAGGAAAGGAGAUCUCCUCGUUUAUUUUCUGGUGACCAAGUGCCUGAGAAUGUUGAGCAAAGGGCAUGUCAGCUGGCUGCCCUCCUGGAGUCCAGACGUGCAGUGAGGCAUCAGCCUGAGACUGAACCGUCUCGCCGAUUCUUUGUUGACCAGUGGGAGCUCUCCCUUAGCCUCCGCUCUUCCAAUCGCCCUUCCUCACCUUCAUCCGACUCCCUCCGACAGAAGUACAUAAAGAUGUACACAGGCGGAGUGAGCUCAUUGGCUGAGCAGAUAGCCAAUCAGCUUCAAAGGAAAGAGCAACCCAAAACCCUUCUAGACAAGAAGGAACUGGGCUCGCUCAAAAAGGAGUUCCCCCAAAACCUGGGAGGCAGCGACGUCUGUUACUUCUGCCGCAAGCGGGUCUAUGUGAUGGAGAGGCUCAGUGCUGAGGGCAAGUUCUUCCACCGCAGCUGCUUCAAGUGCGAGUACUGUGCGACCACCCUGCGCUUGUCGUCCUACGCCUACGACAUCGAAGAUGGUAAAUUCUACUGUAAGCCUCACUACUGUUACCGGCUCUCUGGUUAUGCUCAAAGAAAGAGGCCAGCAGUGGAUGGAAAAGACACCAAAGGUCAGAUCAAUGCAAUUGCCAGCUCAGGAAACGGUAGAGACCACAGUAUCCCUGGAAAUGCAAGGCAAUUACCAGGUUCUAAUGUGAAUGGGCUGGAGGAGCCCAGCCUUGCCAAGCGGCUGCGGGGCACUCCGGAGCGGAUUGAGCUGGAGAACUACCGGCUGUCGCUGCAGCGGGAGGAAGAACUGGAAGAGGUUCCCGAAGAGACACUGGCAGAGCAUAACCUGAGCAGCGUGUUGGACAAAGGAACAGAAGAGGAUGUGCCCAGCAGUAGUUCAGAGUCUGAGAUGGAGGAGGAAGAUGAGGAGGAAGAGGAUGAACUACUGCUGCCUCAGCAACCCCCUUCAGACUUGGGUGGUGUGCCGUGGAAAGAGGCUGUGCGUAUCCACGCCCUCCUGAAGGGAAAGAGUGAAGAAGAGAUUGAGGCUGAGGAGAAUCACGAGAUUGAGGACAAAGAUGAUUAUGAUGAGGAGGAAUAUGAAGAGGAAGAAGAUGAGGAGUCGAGCGAAGAGGGGGAGUAUAACCCUUGGGAGAGAGAGCUGCAGCAAGGCCUCUGGCUUCAACGUCUCUCAGAUGAAGAGGACUCGGGUACAUAUAAAGCUGGAAACCUUAGGCUGCAGCAGAUUGUAAAUCCGGUUGAUCCUCUGGAGAUCCUGGCAGAUGUGCACUGGACACACAUCCGUGAAAAAGAGGAGGAGGAAAAAAUGGUCUCAGCCUCAAAGUCCUCCACCUCCAGAGCGUCCGACCUUCCCUCCGUACGCCAUGAGGCGGUACAGGCGUGGCUGGAGACGGUCCCUGGAGCUCCGUGUGAGGAUAAUGAUGUGGAGGAUGAGCUGGGCACAGAGCCUGCAGACACAGAAGGGCAGGCAGGUGAAGAGGGAGACACGGGUGCAGAGCUGGAUGAUGAUGACAUCGCAUCUGACGCAGAAGCGGAGUUUCGCUUACACCGGGGUGGUGUAGAACAGGCAGAACUAAAAGUCUCUGAAGAUGAAGAAGAUGAAGAAGAAGCAGAAGGUGCUUCUUCCAGUGUGGCAGAAGAUCCAUGCAAACCAUCCAUCCCUAUCCAGGCAUCUAGUGACAGUGUUCUUCCUCUGUCUCCAGCUGCUAGUCCCAAAGCAAAACAAGCAGAGGAUGUACGAGAUCCCCUGGCUGAAGUACGCCGUGCAAUAAAAUCCCCAGAGGCACGCUUUUUUCCUGAGCCUUUCGUUCUUGAGGAAGGACCAAAGGAUGAAAUUCCCAAAGAAAGGAGAGUUAAGAGCCCUUUGGUGCCACUAUCUCCAGUGUUAUCCCAGCCGGUUGCAUCACCAGAAGCCAUUGCACCUACAUCACUAGCAGAGUCUCAGCCAGCAGCACCAACAUUGGCUUCAUCCCCAAAAUCUGCUCAAAUGCCUAUCUGUUCCCAGCCUUUGCCUUCUGCUGAAACAUCCAUUCCAUCCCCAGUGGAGCCUCCAGUAUGUUUCCAACCUGUCCCAGCCUUAACAUCUACUCCUUUAGCCAAACUGGUCCUUAGGGGCCAGGAUGGUGAGGUGGAAAAACUGGGGAGCCCUACUACUGCAGAAGAAGCCCUGAAACGGAGUAGCCUUGUGGAAGAGUUCUGGAUGAAGAGUGCUGAAAUCCGGAGGAGCUUAGGGCUCACCCCAGUAGAGAGAAACAAACGCCCAGAGACGAACUUCACUGUGUCUGCUCUUGAGACAACUCCUCUGAAGAGUUUUAAUAGCAAGAAUAUUUCAGGGGAUGAAAGGAUCCAUCCUGUGAAACCCCAACCUGCCCCAAGAAGGCAGGGACUGUCCAAGUUAGAAAACGAGCAGAUUUCUCUGCUCACUCCAAAGUCUCCAUCAGAAAAAGAGCUAAAGAUUUCCGGUGAAGUACGGGGAGAUGUAUCCAGCAGUUCUGGACUUGGCCUUCAGGAGAGCUCAUCCAACAUGAGAACUAUGGCGAGCCAGAGCUUCAACACCUCUGACUCUACCAUGCUCACUCCCCCAUCGAGUCCGCCUCCACCACCUCCUCAGGAUGAAGAACCAGCCACUUUGCGCAGAAAGAGAUACCAGGCGCUCUGGCAGAACGAGGUUGAAGCCAGGUCACCUCCAACACCAGCGUCAACGCCUCCUGUUCUCCGACACCAGGAGCCAGCCCCUGCUGCCAAGGAGACAACCCCAGCCAAGAGAGAAGACGUGCGCAAGUCUUUUGCAGAAAGUGUGGACGAGAUUCCGUUUGCUGAUGAUGUAGAAGACACGUAUGAUGACAGGACAGAGGACUCAAGCCUUCACGAGAAGUUCUUUACCCCUCCUACCAGUAGGCCAAGGCCAGAGAAAACGCUUGUUUUGCCCUUGGUCAAAGAAAAUGGUGGUCCACCCUCAGUGGAAGGAGGGGUUAAUCAAAAGAAGAGACUGUUCCCUGAGAUUUCUGUCGAGGCCAAGGAGCUUGCUGAAGAAAGAAUGAGAGCCAGAGAGAAGUCUGUCAAGAGCCAGGCACUACGUGAUGCCAUGGCUAAGCAGCUGUGCAAGAUGAAAGAUAUGGAGAUGGCUGCAGCUGCUGCUACUGCGGCCACAAGGGCACGAAAGGCAUCUUCGAUGCCCUUGAAGACCAAAGAAUUGUUUUAUGAGUCUCCAAAGCAUUUGGCCUUGAAAUUAGCAGAGGGAUCCACACGAAAGCAUAAUUCUGCUAGUGAGAAGUUCUCCACUCCUCCUGCUGAUAUGGCUGGACCUGAAGGGUCUGUCAGCUCCUCAGAAGGCUCCAGUGGGAAGAGUAAGAAAAGAAGUUCUCUUUUCUCCCCUCGUAAGAACAAAAAGGAGAAGAAAUCCAAGAAUGAUAGCAGGCUUUCCGACAAAUCUAGUGGUGGGACAGAGGAAGCAACAAAGCCCAGGUCGUUAUGGAAGUCUGUUUUCUCUGGAUAUAAGAAAGACAAGAAGAAAAAGAGCGAUGACAAAUCCUGCCCGAGUACUCCCUCAAGUAGUGCCACUGUGGAUUCUGGCAAGCGCAAAGCAUCUCCAUUGAUUACAGCUGCAGAUUUACAGCUCCGUCAACACCUGAGUUUCUCAGAGGACUCUGACCUGUCCAGUGAUGAUGUUCUGGAACGCUCCUCCCAGAAAUCCAAACGAGAGUCGAUCUAUGUACCACACGCCUUGGCAUUCAAGAGAUCAUACUCGUCAAAGAGGGCCUACACAGAAGAGGAGCUGAACGCCAAGCUGACCCGGCGGGUGCAGAAAGCUGCCCGUAGACAAGCCAAGCAAGAGGAGCUAAAGAGGUUACACAGAGCUCAGAUUAUCCAGCGACAGCUUGAACAAGUGGAAGAGAAGCAGAGGCAACUUGAGGAGAGGGGAGUUGCUGUGGAGAAGGCCCUUCGAGGAGAAGCAGUUGAGCCCAAUGCCGGGACACCACGUCGUAGACCUCUCUCCUUCUGCCCUUGCUGUGCCCAUGAAGGCAUGGGUAAGAAGGAUGACCCCAAGCUGAUGCAGGAGUGGUUCAAGCUGGUGCAGGAGAAGAAUGCCUUGGUUCGCUACGAGUCCGAGCUGAUGAUAUUUGCUCGGGAGCUAGAACUGGAAGACAGGCAGAGUCGAUUACAGCAGGAACUCCGGGAGAGGAUGGCAGUAGAAGAUCAUCUGAAGACAGAUGAGGAGCUCUCGGAGGAGAAGAGGAUCCUGAACGAGAUGCUAGAAGUAGUGGAGCAGAGAGAUUCUCUUGUGGCUCUCCUGGAGGAGCAACGGCUUCGAGAAAAAGAAGAAGACAAGGACCUGGAGGCAGUCAUGCUUUCCAAAGGUUUCAGCUUGAACUGGUCCUGAGCUUAACACAUUUACCUCUGCUGGUCUGUGUUGUCCAGUUGACCUACCCUGAGUUUGCCAGAAUUACACGGAUAGGAAGAUGUUGAAGGGGAAAUCUCCGAAGGGUCCGACAGCAUGCAGGAAUUUGGUUUGAACCACGCAGAAGCCUUUUGAUAAGUGUGUUGGUUCCAGAAGCUUAAGUUUUACAUGUCUGCAAGCCAAGUUGAAGAAAUGAGUUGAGACUGUGGAGUCUCCUUUAGGUCCUAUACAAAUGGACCGUAUUUUUGUGUGUGUGGUAGGAGGGAGGGGAAUAAUCCAUGUGUGGGGAAGGAGGUUAAGGGAAGAAGUGCCCUUAACUAAGCUGGAUUUAUGGCAGUCCAUUCCUUCCCCAUUUUUGCUACACCAGUUCUUAUAAAAGGGAGGGAAGUGGCAACCCUUCCUGGAAAACCACAGCAGCCUGUAGCAGUGGAGUCAGCUGUCCGAGAGAGCUCCAGAAGCCCAGGGCAACACCUUCUUUGCUUUAGUCUUCCUCCCCACCAAAGAAACCUGCAGUUGAUCAUUAUGCAUGGAUAUGAAGAAAUACGAGACAGAGAAGAUACUGCUAGUAUGUGUGACAGAACUUUCUGCCUCCUGGUUUUUAGAGAGAAGUGGGCAUCAGUAGACUCUCUCCCUGUCAUAGCCUCCUAAAUCUUCUUGUGGGGAACAAGGGGAGAAGAAGAGAGAGGGAAGAUGCCCAUCUGCUUUGCUACACACUGGAGAGACAGCUACUGCUGGCCUUAGUCUUCAUGGCCACAGCUCAGAGACUGGUGGGCUUCCUUGUUCUGUUUUCGUUGUGACUGUUUUGACACUGGAAAAUACUGCUGUGGGACAGUGGUAAGUGCGUGCUGGGGCAGGGGUGUUCCCAGGCAGCAUUCCCUGGCUGUUAGGCCCCUGAAAGGGAGAAGCCCUUAAGUGACCGAACCACCAUUAAGACUUUUCAGUGUUUUUAUUUUUUUUUUCCUCUGUAUUUUGUUUUUGCACAUUGGAAACGAAGCUUAAGACCUGCCUGGGCCCUCAGUCACUUUGACCCUUUUAUGUCAAUUAACUUAUUUUUUUAAUACUUGAAAGAAGAUUCAUUUUUGUAUCUUUUAGGAAACAAAUGGACGAGUGAUGAGUGUGUGUGCCUGCUGCAUCCUACAACUUCCACUUCUAAAUUACUGGACGUUGUUACCUGUGGCUAUUUAUUAGUGUUCUUAUUAAUAAUUUGAUUGUUACACUUAUUUGAUUGUGGAGGGAGUGUUUUAACUCUGUUAGAGAAAGACACUACUGCGGAUUGGUCCCUGCUUCACAGCAAGGGCAGCCUUUAUGUACCCACGGAUGCAUCCUGCCCUAGGAGUUUUCCUCUAUGAAAAAACCCUGCACACUCAUGGAGUUUAAGAAUCUAUUUGUGUUCUUAGCGUCCUUUUCUUCUGCAUCCCAGAUUCCCUCUUUUGGACUAAUAAACCUAUAUUUAUUUAAAUUUUACAUUUUUAUAACGGGAAAGCCAAAACGGUGAGGUAGAAAUAUCCCACGUCUCUUUCUCACUGAAAGAGGGGACCCUCACGCUCCUGAGAUACAGCUAGAGGGACUUCCAUGAAAACAAAAAUAGCACAUUUCUUGCUGCAUCUAUUGGAAGAAACUCCUCUUGGCUCAGCUAGUGAAGCUUUUCAGCUGGGAGGGUGCUGACCGUGAUCACAGACUAACAAUGAGCAGGAUAUGCACUGAGCAAUUCAGCACCAUUCACUGUCUGACACAUUCCCUGGGCACACCAUGUCCUUACCUUGUCCUGCAGAGCUGAAACAGCACCAUGUGCUGGGGAGGUGUCCUGUCCUUCAUGCGAUGCAUUAAGAGGUUUUCCCACCUUGGGAUGCUGACUGUGCUCUUUUCUUGUUAAAGAAGUACUAAACCUUCUUCCCAAAGUCUUUGAGAAAGUGUCCCAUUCCCGAGCACAUUCGUACAGAGCACUGACUCUUUCAGCUUGAAUUUACACUGCUGGUGCAAGGCACCCAAGCAGGGCUGAACAUCCUUUAGUCUUUUGCCCUGGGACAGAGGUUAGCGUGGUUUCUUGCUGUUGGCUCUCUCCUUCCUUCAGAGAGGUGUCCUGUAAGGCAAGGUCUAUGAUUUGAAUUCCUCUCUGACCUGGGAGCGUACCUCAGGCUGAGGGAGAAUGGGUUGGGGUGUCCCCAGAGACUCUGAGUGGUGCUGGUUGCUAACUGUGGAAACAUGUCUUUUCCACUUGAAGUGUCCCUCCUUUAUUCCCCCUAGUGUUUUCUGCUAAGACAUUACAAAUUAAAUCCAGAUGCUCGUGAAACCAAGCAGACAGGCAGAUGCAGUGCUAUUUCAUAAUUGUGUAUGUUAGCAAGUGAUACCUGCUAUCCCAGCAUCCUGGAGUGUUGGCUUACUGACAGGAUGUCCAACAGACAGAAUUCCCCCCAUUUGCCAGUGCAGAUGCCAGCUGCCCAAGUCAAACUGGCAGUGGAAGUUUACAUAAUCUGCAUUUUAGAGGCCACUGGAAGCUGGAGCGGAGAAGGAGGGAAGAAAGAGGGAAGCCAGAUAUAAAGUUUAUUGUGAACUGUCUUGUGCAGAGAAUUGACCUCAGUACAUUUUAUGUGCACUGGGUAUAUGGACCACACCUAACCCGUAACGAAAAGUCAUUGAAUGUGAGCUGCAGAACAGAACAAAGUCCUGAAGGAGAAAUACCAGAUCACUCCUUUUCCCUUUCAUGCUGGGGGACAUGGGCCAGAUCUUUGCAGCGCUGAAGAGUGAUAUCACUUGAGGGCAUAAUCUCUUACUGCACCAGAAGACCACAUAAUCUAAACCUAAACUCAUUAGGUUAUGCUGAAGGCCUCCAGCAGUGAGAAUGAAAAUGAAGAGCUAACAUCGCACACGCAAAUUAAUUAAAAAUACAUGAAAGGGAAUGUUAAAAGGCCUUUUUAUAUCAAAAUGGUUGUAAAAGGCACAACUCGUAUUUGCUGUUCAGUUGCACUUUAAGAAUACGACUUGCAUAUCAGAUACUGGGUUUUUUUACUAUCUGAAUAUUUUUAAUUCAAAUUUUAUAUUUUUAAAGCUGAAGAAGGCUCUUGUGGCCACAAGAUUCCUUAUUUGUAUCAGAAUGCAAGUAGGAUGUUCUAGCUCUUUGUGCUGCCCGGGGUGGGCAGCAGCACGUGACUCGGCCAUGUGCAUUCGAUGACGUGUGUCCAUUUCACGUGUGAGGAGAGCGAAAAGGCCCUCAGCUUCCGAGGAGUGGGCACUCCAGGGUGUCUGUCCCAGGUGACACGGUCUGUACCAGGGGCUGGCUGCUUCAUCCCUGCAGGAGGUAGGGAGAGAGCCGAGCUUGGAACCCAAGCUGUGUUCGUUUUGAAAUGGGCACACUGAGGAUGGGGCAAGCACUUCAGUCCCCUACGGGGAAGGGAGGGGGAUACCAACCUCCUGGAAACACCCAGGAGGCAAGUGGGACUGGGGGAGUGAGGACUACCAAAACAACUAAUAUGCUGUUUUCACAGUACAUUUUUAUUUUAACUGUUCUGUUUUUUUAACCAUAUUCUCAUGAAAACUCACAAAUGGCUGUAAAAUCCUGAGCUUCAGAGAACUAAUGUGUGGGGAGGUGACGAGACAUUUCAGCUCCAACUUUCAGACAUACUCCUUCUUUCAGUUAACCAAUACCCCAUGGUCUCACUAGGGCAUGUUACAAACUGCAUUGCUGAACAACAUAUUUUAGAGCAAACCGCAAGUUUUAAAAGUCUGUCCUUCUCUCUCUCCGUCUCUGCAUUUUAUGUAAAUAUUUGUUUGUAUGUAAAGACACCAAGUGGAUCCCUGGGUUACCCCCACGGUCAAGAAUCUGAGUUUUGUGCAAUGCCUAGGCCUUCUCUUAGAACACGGUGCUUGCAUAGAGCUAGUCACCACAUUUGUGUGCACUCUGGUGGUUUUUAAUAUUUUUAUACAUCCUAAUCCUGAACGUUAUGAAGUAUUAUAAGUGGUCUAGACUGCAUGAUCUAGAGCAGCUGGCAGUUCCAUUUUGUGAGCAGCUGUUCCUAAAAUGUUCACAGCUACACCUUGUUUGGUUAACAUUCUUUUAAGAUGAGUUUUCAGUUUAAGUGUUUACACCGGACACCAGUGGACGAGAAAGGUGUUGCAUUAUAAAAUCUCCUGUGUACAAACUGAAAAGCCACGAUAUGGCUUUCUGGGAAUUUCAGUCAUCACCAUCUGCAAGAAAGAGAACUCUAAAGCAUACUAAAAACCAGCCUGUAUAUAGUUCACAGAGAAAGAGAUCGCUGGCUCUCAACUGUUGUAAAAUAUUAGAAGCUUUCCAAAAGUUCCUGCUUUUGGAGUGCUCAGAGUACUGCUAUAGGCAGGGUAGCAGGCAGAUGAGGGUGUCACUGAAAGCGGAUGUGAAGGGGAGGAUGCCAUGUUCUGAUGGCAUUGCAGUAACUUAAAUACUCUGUAUCUGUGCGUGCAUGCGUGUGUGUGUGAAGUCUAAUCCAGGUGAAGGGAUCUGCUUUGGCAUCUUCCCUUUUGUAUGAAAGUGAACUCUGAUAUUCAGAUUGUUCGAGGCUCUUACGGUUGGCAUGUAUGGAGUGUUAAGAGGAAAAGCGCAUACCCUACCUGUACAAAACCAACUCUGUUCCAGCCUGUUUUCUUCUGUUGGGUUGUGUUUUAUUGUUUGUUUUUAUGCACACUUGCUUCGUUGGUGUUGAGAUUUUAGCACCUCAGAUGGCCAACUGAACUAAAAAAAAAAAGAACAAAAAAAUAAAAUCAUUAAUUAUU